CUUGACUCACGUAGCAGCAUGACACGAGUUUUGCGGUAUCGGGGAUCCGGCGAGCGCGGAGAGGAGUGACAAGCCUGGAAAGCGCGAGAGCGGUGGAGUGCGGAACGCGCGAGUGAGUGUACACUCACGCACGAGAAAGUAAUUGGCCGAGCGUGAUCACCAGCGGUCGUCGCGCAUAGUGUACAACGGCGGUCUCGUCCGCGCUGACUGGCACGUUCCCCCGUGUGCACGGCGUACGCGACGUGUUCCCUGUUGUUUUUUUCCUUUCCCUCGCGGAGCCGCAUCGGCGGUACAGCGGAGUGAUAACGUACGUGUCCGAGGAUUAGUGUACCUACGAGGAAGCAGCGGCGCAAUCCAGCACCCGAGAUGGCCGGUGCGAUGUUGUUCGAGCGGGCCCAGGCCGUUUCGGUGACGAAUCGCAGCGAGGGCAUCUCGCUCCUCAACGAGAUCGUCUCGGAUCCGAGUAUCGGCGUCGCUGAGGAUGACGAGGACAACAUCCGCGUCAAGGAGCAGGGUAUCCUGCACCUGGGCGAGCUUUACAAAAAGGAGGGCAAGGCCAAGGAGCUGGCGGAGCUGAUCAAAGCCACCAGGCCGUUCCUCAGCCUCAUCAGUAAAGCCAAGGCUGCUAAGCUCGUGCGGUCCUUGGUGGAUUUCUUCCUGGAUCUGGAGGCUGGUAUCGGCAUCGAGGUGCAAUUAUGUAAGGAAUGCAUAGACUGGGCGAAGGAAGAACGCCGAACGUUUCUAAGGCAAUCGCUGGAAGCGCGCUUAAUAGCCCUUUACUUCGACACUGGCAUGUUCAGCGAAGCGUUGCAACUGGGCUCUGCUCUUCUGAAGGAACUCAAAAAGCUGGACGACAAACAGCUACUAGUGGAGGUUCAGUUAUUAGAGAGCAAGACAUAUCACGCGCUGAGCAAUCUGGCGAAAGCGAGAGCGGCGCUCACCAGCGCCAGGACAACUGCCAACGCGAUUUACUGUCCGCCCAAGAUGCAAGCGGCUCUGGAUCUACAAUCGGGAAUACUGCACGCUGCAGACGAGCGAGAUUUCAAGACUGCUUACUCUUACUUCUACGAGGCGUUCGAGGGAUACGACAGCGUCGAAAGUCCCAAGGCACUGACAGCGCUCAAGUACAUGUUGCUGUCUAAGAUCAUGCUGCGCACGCCGGAAGACGUGCAGGCCAUCAUGUCUGGCAAGCUGGCGGUGAAGUACGCGGGAUUGGACCUGGAUGCGAUGCGCGCGGUGGCCGAAGCCAGCCACCGGCGGUCACUGGCGGACUUUCAGAAGGCGGUGAAGCAAUACCGGCAGGAACUGGAGGACGACGUGAUAGUACGCGCGCAUCUUGGCUCCCUCUACGACGCUAUGCUGGAGCAAAAUUUAUGCCGUUUAGUUGAACCCUACUCACGAGUCCAGGUGAGCCACAUCGCCUCGUGCAUAUCUCUACCGCUGGCGCAAGUAGAAAAGAAACUGUCACAGAUGAUUCUGGAUAAGAAAUUGCGAGGGGUCCUCGACCAGGGCGAAGGCGUUCUAAUCGUUUUCGAAGAUACACCCCGCGACAAGACCUACGAGAUCGCGUUAGACACGAUACACAGUAUGGGCAAAGUCGUUGAUACACUUUACCAGAAAGCCAAGAAACUCACCUAGCCCUAUUUAAUAUGUAUUUAUACAAGGAGAAAUCUAUCACGAUUAUUAUAACCAUUACUAAUUAGUUACUCUCAUUAAAUACUGUCGAUUAACUGUGUUUUUCUCGUAAUUAACAUUGACGGCACGAUUGGGUGUCGCGACAAAGUGCUCAUUUAUCGAUACGUUCGUAUAGAGUCGCUUUUAUUAAUAUAGUAGGAAUUGUUUAAAAGAGGAAAACUAUGAAUAUACGAGAUAAUGAAUUUGCUUGAGAUCUAAUUAGCAGGCCCUGUCUUAACAAAGCAUUUUUUAAAUAAUUUUUCGUAAAUGCUCCUCGGAAAAAGUGAAGGAAUGUCAUAAUCAAUCGAAUAACGUGAAAUAUAAAAAAGUAAAACCAG